GUGACGUGACGGGGCGCUGCAGCUCGGUUUCCCUGGCGACAGUUGCCGGGGCAGCGCGAGCAGCGUCCGGAAGAGGUGGCCCCGCUGCGCUGGCCCCGGACAGCAGGAGCGGAGCGACCGUUGGCAAGAUGGCAGCGGAGGAAGGCUCGCAGGACACCUUGCGGCUCCAGUUCCAGGCCAUGCAGGAGAUGCAGCACAGACGGUUACAGAAGCAGAUGGAGAAACAGAAGGAAAAGGAACUGAGCCUCAACAGCAGAGACGAUGACCCGGAAGAGCCCGUGGAGGUCUUCGAUGGCCUCAGCCUUCUCCAAGCCGGGGAGCAAACCUCGCAAAGCGGCUUUGAGCGGCGGGUGCUGGAAGAUGAGAUCGAACAGCUUCGCCACCAGCUCAGGGAAACGGUGGACGAGAACGGGCGGCUGUACAAGCUGCUGAAGGAAAGGGACUUUGAGAUCAAACACCUGAAGAAGAAGCUGGAAGAGGACAGGUUCGCCUUCACAGGGUCAGCCGGUGUGGCUGGGGAUGCGAUCGCCAGCAAGAUUGUCGAGCUGUCCAAGCGGAACCGGGUGCUGAUGGCGGAGUCCGAGGGCGCGAAGACCAGAGUGAAGCAGCUGAGCAAUCGCGUCCGGGAGCUGGAGCAGGAACUGCAGAUGGCCCUGGCCAGGCUGCCGGCCAAGGGGGCCACCGACGCGGGAGCUAAGCCGCCGAGGGCCCAGCCGGGAGACGGAGCCUUGCCGGAGACCCCGGAGCUGAAGGCCUUGCAGGACAGGCUGGCGACCGCAAACCUGAAGACGAGUGACCUCCGAAACCAGGUCCAGUCUCUGAAGCAGGAGCUCCGGAUGGCCCAGAAGGUGCUGGCCAGCGAGGUUGGGGAAGAUGUGAGCAUCCAGCAGCUUCUGUCCUCGCCAGGGACCUGGAGAGGUCGGGCUCAACAGAUUCUCGUUUUGCAGAGCAAGGUUCGAGAGCUUGAGAAGCAGCUGGGACAGACCCAGAGCCAGUCUGUGGGAGCAGCCAGUGACGAGCUGUCCGUCUGUCCCGACCCGAGGAAGCUGACGGCACAGGAGAAAAACCUGCUGAGGAUCCGCAACCUGGAAAGGGAAAAGCAGGAAGGCUGGGAGAAACUGGCUGCUGAGCGGGACGCCCUCCAGAGAGAGCUGGAAGAGCUGAAGAAGAAGUUUGAGGGCGUGAGGUCCCGGAACAAGGUGCUGGCGAGCGAAGUGAAGACCCUCAGGAGUCAAACGGGGACCCUAGUGGAGAAGGGCCGGCAUGACGACGAGCUCAUUGAUGCCCUCAUGGUCCAGCUGAAGCAGCUGCAGGAGGUUCUGGGCAGCCUGAGUCUGCAGGAGGAAAAGACGCGAGCCUCCCAGCACCGCCUGGACCAGCAGCUCAACAGCGAGGCCCAGCAGAGCAGCAGUCUGGUGGCCCAGCUGCAGGCCAUGGUGGCUGAGCGGGAGGCCAAGGUGCGGCAGCUGGAGCUGGAGAUCGGGCAGCUCAGUGUGCAGUAUCAUCGGAAUAAAGGCGUGAGCGAGGGGUCCAGUGGGCUCGAGGUCGGCCCUGCCCACACCGAGGUCCCGGAGGACGCGGGCCUGGCCAAGUCCCCGGCCUCGGUGGGCGACCAUGGCAGGCUCAGAUCCCCUCGCUCGGUGACCAGCCUGGGCCACACACUCGUGGAAUCUGCUCGCACGUGGCCUUCCCCGCCCAGUCCUCACGGGGCCUCACCCAGGUUCUUGGACUCCCCAGAACACAAGGGCUGGCAGGCCCAGGUGACAGAGCUCAAGGCUCUCUGGCAGGCCACCGAGGUGGAACGCAACCGGCUCACCGAGUUCGUCACCGUCCUGCAGAAACGGGUGGAGGAGAGGGACGGCCGGCUUCUGGAGGCCCAGCGGAGGCUGCAGGAGGAGCGGCAGCGCAGCGUGGUGCUGGAGCAGCACCUGGGGAGGAUGCACCUGGAGCCCAGGAGGACGGCCUCUCAGAGAUCAGCCUCCAGGAGCAAAACAGGUCUGCCCGCCUCUACCACCAGGCACAACCCAAAUGUGAGAGAGAAGAAGGACCGGUCUCUGACCCAGCCCUCCAGCAUGCCCGUGGAGUCCCAGAUGGAGGAGAUUACCACCAGGCUGGCCAUCCAGGCCGAGGAGAACGAGAUGCUGAAGGUUGCCCUGGACGGGGCCCUGCGGGGGAAGGAGGAGGACUUCCGAAUGUACCACGAGACCCUGGGCCAGGUGAAAGGGGUCUUCCUGAAGGCCCUGCGGCAGCAGAAGGAGGACAAGCGCUAGGACGGCGGCCAGUGUCACUCCGGCCGGAUGGGGCCGCCAGCUCAGCCCUGCUCCUGGGAGAGGCUCCCCGAGGUGACAGAGCCAACGUAUCAGGCCAGGAGGGCAAGGUAGAGGCCCCA